CUAAUCACCAGGGGGUAUCGCAAAGCGUGUUUGUGUUUGUGGAAGUGUAUAGAAGGUGGAUUGUUUUCAUCUUCAUUAUUAGACUGAGUGAAGUGGAAAAUACUAAACGAAAGGCAAUGUUUAUCGCCCGAAGCAUCCCCGCGGAUCACAAGGAUUUGAUUCAUGACGUUGCUUAUGACUUUUACGGCAGGCGAAUGGCCACAUGUUCUAGCGAUCACAGUGUAAAGGUUUGGGAUUUAGAUGAAAAUGAUCAGUGGCAUUGUACAGCAAAUUGGAAGACUCACAGUGGUUCUGUGUGGAAAGUGACAUGGGCACAUCCAGAAUUUGGUCAAGUUUUAGCAACUUGUUCAUUUGAUAGAACUGCAGCUGUAUGGGAAGAAUUAGUUUCAGAUAGUAGUGGUAAUGAAGGCAUACAAUCCCAUUGGGUAAAGAGGACAAGUUUAGUAGAUAGUAGAACACCUGUUACAGAUAUCAAAUUUGCACCAAAACACUUAGGUCUUCAACUAGCUACCUGUUCUGCAACUGAUGGUGUUGUAAGAAUAUAUGAAGCACCUGAUGUGAUGAAUCUUAGUCAAUGGUCUUUACAGCAUGAAAUAACUUGUAAAAUUAGUUGUAGUUGCAUUACAUGGAGUCCUUCUAGAAUACAUCCACCCAUGAUAGCUGUGGGUAGUGAUGAUUCUAGUCAAACAGCUGGUGGAAAAGUUUUGAUAUAUGAAUACAAUGAAAAUAGUAGGAGAUGGAGUAAAGUUGAAACAAUUGUUACGAUAACAGAUCCUGUUCGUGACAUAACUUUUGCACCCAAUCUUGGAAGAUCUUUUAAUCUUUUAGCAGUUGCCAGUAAAGAUGUCAGAAUUAUUUCAUUAAAGCCUUUAAUUGAUCAAGGAAAUGGCAAUCCUCAAGGAAGUUUAUCAAAAUUUGAGAUUAGACAAGUGGGACAAUUUGAUGAUCACAAUUCUCAGGUUUGGAGAGUCAGUUGGAAUAUUCUAGGUACAAUUUUAGCUUCUUCUGGAGAUGAUGGUUGUGUGCGUUUGUGGAAAGCAAAUUAUUUAGAUAAUUGGAAACGCAUAGCAACAUUAAAAGGAGAUUUGACUAGUGCAACAGGAGAGAAACAAGCUGGAAAUGUUAAUCCUGGUAAUCAGUCAGUUGCAAUUAGCCUGGCUCCAUCUGCAACUCAUGGUAACACAAGAUAUUACAAACUAGGACAGAUUCAUCAGCCAGCACCUGUACCUUGGCAUUGAUUGUGAUUUAAAAAGUUUUCAAAUUUUAAUUGAAAUGAUUAAACUUGUUUUAUUUUUCAUAAACUUCUACAUUUUGAAAUAUGUUCAAUAAUAAAGUGUUGUGUAUUAAUAUUGAAUUUCUUAAUAUUGAAAAGACUCAUUACUACGAAGAACAAAAAGAAAAAAUAUAUAUAUGUAUUAUUUCUGUAAUAGAAAAAAUUUAAGAAUUUAAGUAUUUUAAUUAACAAGAAUUUUAAUUCAAAUAAAAUUUUUUGCAAUAUA